AUAACUUUCCGUAAUAAACAAACUCCAUUCCUUGUUUAACGCAGUUCCCUACUUCUUAGUGAGUAAGAAACAACAAAACAAGCCUCUCUAGAAAACUCGCAUUUCUCUCUUCUUGUUCAAAAACAGCAACAACAAAAAAUGCAGAACCUCCACCAUAACCCCACCGCACACGAAUCCGACCCACAGCUACCACAAAUAAGAAUCCAUCAUCCAUCCUCACCUCGCCACCAGUCCGCAGCUACACCCACCCCCACCGCCGGCGCCCGCCGUAAAAUCGGCGUCGCCGUUGACCUCUCUGACGAAAGCGCGUACGCCGUACACUGGGCUGUCCAGCACUACAUCCGUCCUGGAGAUGCCGUGAUCCUCCUCCACGUCAGCCCUACCAACGUCCUCUUUGGCGCAGAUUGGGGUUCCAUCGAUCUUUCCAUCAACACCGACCCUAACUCCGAAGAAGAAACCAUCAACGUUGUCAGCACCAACAAUAAUGAUAAUAACAGUAAAACGAAGCUUGAAGAUGAUUUCGACGCUUUCACGGCGUCGAAAUCCGCCGAUCUUGCUAAACCGCUUCGCGAAGCGCAGAUUCCGUACAAGAUCCAUAUUGUGAAGGAUCAUGACAUGAAGGAGCGGUUGUGUCUCGAGGUCGAGCGUCUCGGCCUCAGCGCUGUUAUUAUGGGGAGUCGUGGAUUCGGUGCUGCACGCCGUGGCAGUGAUGGGAAGCUUGGAAGUGUUAGUGAUUACUGUGUUCACCAUUGUGUCUGCCCUGUUGUUGUUGUUCGCUAUCCUGAUGAUAAGGAUGCUGCUGAGGCUGUUAUUGCUGUCAAGGAAAGUGAUGAGGGUGAGGCUGUUAUUACGCCUGUCACCCUUUCUCAUGAACAUAAGAAAGAAGAUUAAUGGGAAGCCAAUUCAUCACUUCAAUUCUGUCUCUGCAGAAUGUACCUGAUCCAAAAGGAAUGUGUGGAUAUGGUUGUAAAGGGCUCUCUUUCUCUUGUCAGGUUGUACUUUAAAAGCUUUUCCUGGAUGUUAACUAUGGAAAUAUUAUGGAUGGUUUUAUUUGGCUUGAUAUGAUUCUGGUUCCUUUAGGUUGUUGGAAGAUUGUUUGUGGUUCUCAAGUGACAUACUCUUUCAUGUAGAUGUACAAGUUUGCCUGUGACUGUUUUCGGGGUUAUAUUCCCAUUCUGUAUGUGGGUAAUCGGAUUAUCUUGAUGAGCACUUAAUUUUAUAGAACUCUGUAUCUGUUCAUGGAACUAUGAGUAUUUUGGGUUCAGCACCCUUAUCCGUUGUUGAAAGUUCAAACACAUUAACUAUAUGCUAAGAUAUUGUUGAUAACAA